CGGAAAAUCGGAGAUUUUUUGCAACAGGAAUUACAAUUGCGAAAAAUAUUAAUUUGUUUUCAGGGAAAAUAUAAAAAAAAUAUUUUUGGAUAUAGCGAUCCCAUCUAGAUUUAUUUAUGAAGAAAAAUCCUGUUGAAAAAAUGCACAACAAAUCGAAGUUACCCGAAGCAGUUGUAUAACAGUCACUGUUAUACACUCAAUUGUCCAAGGAAGUUCAUCGGACAAAUCGUAAGCUUAUACUUUUCUUGCUUUUACCGUUGAAAAGUCUUUUUUUUCCAAGAAUUUCUUUAAGAAAAACAUAUAAUUAAUCUAAAUUAUCUAUUCCCAAACUAUUUUCUUCGGAAUUUGUUUAAUUUUUCUUGAUUUUCUUACCGAAUUCUCGUUUGAUUGAGAAAAAAUGAACAAAAUUUAUCUCAGUGACCGUUGAAUUUGAAACUGGUUGACAAAAAAAUUGGUGGGAGAAAGACGCAUUUUGUUUGAUACUUCAGAAAAUUUUCCAUUUCCCGUCUUUUUUAUCUUGUGAAAUUGUAUCUGUGAGAAGUGUAGUGUUGCAAAAUGUCUCAGGACGAGAAUCCAACUCUCGAUGAAUCCAGCGUCACAAUGCUGGAUGUCCUGAAUGAGGAACAAGCACUGGAGGAGGAAAGUUUGGCAGUGCUUGGAGGAAGUGAUGACAAAUUCUGUACAUAUUCUAAGGGCUAUGUGAAGCGCCAAGCGCUGUACUCGUGUCUGACAUGUUCUCCGGAGUCCUCUACGGACAGCUCUAAAUGUGCCGGCGUCUGCCUGGCUUGUAGCUAUCACUGCCAUGAAGGCCAUGAACUCGUGGAGCUGUACACAAAGCGCAACUUCCGGUGUGACUGUGGAGGACGCCGUAUGCCGGGAGUGAAGUGUUCGCUGGAGCCGGAAAAAUCUGCAGAAAACACGGAGAAUCGGUACAAUCAGAAUUUCUCAGGACUCUACUGUUCCUGCCAUCGACCCUACCCAGAUCCCGAUGAUCCUAUUGAGGAUGAGAUGAUCCAGUGUAUCAUCUGUGAGGAUUGGCUCCAUUGCCGUCAUCUCGAAGUUGCUGUUCCUACCGGACAGACUUUCUUUGAAAUGAUUUGCGCCGAUUGCAGCGAGAAGAAUGACGUCCUGUACUAUUACUUGGGAUUGUCUGUGGGAAGAGUGGAGACCGAACCUGAGGCGACUCCCAAUGUUGAGGUAUCCGAGGCUCCAGAAGAGAAGAAGGAGGCUGAGAAGGAAGCUACAGCAACCGCAGCACCAGAAGAAGAGGCUCCAAAGGUACCAGAGGCAGAAAAAGAUGUUCCUGAGGAUCAAGUGGCCAGUCAAUCGACCAGUACGGCUGAGGACAAUAAAGAACCAGAGGCAAAGAGAGCAAAGAUGGACGUGGAACCAGCACCAUCAGCAGAACCGGAGAAUCCCUGCAAGAGACCCAAGGUGAAGCUCUCGCACAAGCGUGGAGCUACUUUCUGGCCAGAAAAUUGGCGUGAACAACUCUGCAAAUGCCCUGAAUGUCACAAGAUGUACAGUGAGCUCAAAGUGGAGUUCCUACUGGAUCUGGAUGAUACUGUCCAGAGCUACGAGGAACAUGGGAAAAACAAAGUGAAGGAGAGUGACUACGAAAGGGGCAUGAGAGCUCUCUCCUCAAUGGAUCACUCCAGGCAAAUUGAUGCCAUCUCGGCGUACAACAGAAUGAGGGAGAAGCUCAAGGAAUAUCUCCAUACUUUCGUGGCCAAUCGUCAGGUGGUCACAGAGGAGGAUGUUCGACGAUUCUUUCGCAUGAUGAAAAAUGAGAAAAAUGAGAAUCUCGGUCAACCCUACUUCUGUCGCUAACUUUCACCAAGAACAUCCCAGCAUUUUGCAAAAAAAAAAAAAGAUUCCAGUGAAGUAAAUCGAAGUUAAAAUAAAAGUCAUUGUUUGUGCAGCA